GAUUUGUGAGUCCGCGUGAGACGCCAAAGAACGGGGGAAGAGAGAGAGAGAGAGAGAGGAGGUGCUUCUGCUAGAGUGGAUUCAGAGGCGAAGGGUUUUGGAGAUGUGCGUUUCGGAUUGGGAUCGUUUUAAGCUUCUGAGAUCGGGGUCGGAGAUUUUUCGCUGCUUCGAACAUGUUUGAUUGGAACGAUCAAGAUCAGGUUCCCUUCAAUCGAAUCCAUCACCCCUUCGUCGGGGACACAAUAUGGGCUGAAUUCAGCGAGAGUGAAGACCAUAUUGUCCCUUACCCUAAGGGCACAGAAGAAAAUAGGUUACUUACUUAUGCAGAUUAUAAUAAGAAGCAGAAAACUGAAGAAAAUACCGUAUUUGCGUCCACUGAGCAAACCUCUCGGUCUAAUGCUGAUUACCAAGGGCGUCACGUCGAAAACCAGCCGGUGCUUCAAACAAAUGGGGAACUGUCUGCUCCCCAACUUGAACUAGAAUCAUGGCCAGAUCUUCCUUCUUUAGAUGCCGCACUUGGUAGAAGUUACAAUAAUGAAAGUGAUCAUGACUCGAUGGCAACAGCAUAUUUGAAUGACUUUAAUGCUGUCCAGAACUUGGACAAAGUAAGAGUGCAGCUAGAUGGUCAGUCGGAAGUAUUUGGUAAUGAUCAUGAAGACAUGGAGAGCGACAAUUUUCUAGACUGUGAUUGGGCUAAUAUUGGAGAUUUUGAUGAUCUUGACCGCAUAUUUAGCAAUAGUGACCCCAUAUUUGGUAAUGAAAUUAUUGGAUAUACUGGAGAGUUUGUUUCUGCAUCUUCAGACGUCAUUAGUAGCACCUCUCAAUCAAUCCCUACUCCUGACUUGCUAUCUGACAGGGAUCAAUCUUCUAAUCAUGGUUCUUCCUCGGUCCAUUUUAAUGAACUUUCUGGUGGAAGAAGUAAACCAGUUCUUCCACUAGAAGAGAAGGUAGGGGAUGUUAAUGCCAAAUAUGCUGAGCAGACUAAACGCGAGAAUCAUGCUACCAGUGAAUAUUCUGGAAAACCAAGCCAGUCUGCAGAGAAGCGUGAUAUACCGAAGAGACUACCAAAAUCACGUAAGAAGGCAGAAGAAAGAAGCAAGAAUAAAUUUCCCCAGCAUUCAAUUGGUGGCAUUCUCCACGAAAAUAACCGAGGCCAGCAGUUUACAAGCCCUAAUAUGCAGACAUUUGUUAAAGCUCCUCUACAAACUUUUCAAUCUCCUGCUGUUGGUCAACACACGCAAGCUGGGAAAGCCGAGCAAAUAAGACAACUUGCCCACUCUCAUCAGUUUGUGAUUUCUGGCUAUGGAUAUCCUGCGUGUUCAUUUCCUUCUAUACCACAGAUGCCAAAUAUUUAUGCUGAUAGGGCCCAAUCAAAACUGCCUUCUGCUGUCUAUAAAACAUUUCUAGAUUCCUCAAAGAAUUCAAAAUCUUUAGAUAAGAUUCCGGAUGUACCUUUAGGGUCACUAAUGAUGACACCUCAAGAAAAGAUUGAAAAGCUGAGGCGGCGACAGCAAAUGCAGGCAAUGCUUGCAAUUCAACAGCAACAACAGCAGUUUGGCCAAGUCUCUGGUGGUGAUACUCUGGUCCCUCAAGCAGUUUCUCCAAGGAAAAAAAAUAGGGAUUCUCUAACCAGUUCAGAUGUAGUUGAAGGCGCUACGAAUAUGGUAUCAUCAUCAGAGAUGACCAAUCAGGGAGCCCAUGAUGAGUCUCAGAAAAUCUCCACAAUGGGGGAUGAUCCCUAUUUGGAAGAAAGGAUAUACUAUCAGCUGCAAGAUGCCUUGGGAAAGUUGGACAUAAGAGUUCGGUUCUGCAUUCGGGAUAGUUUGCUUCGUUUAGCUCGAAGUGCCUUGGAAAGGCAAAGUGCUAGUGAUAGAAGUAGUACUAAUACAAAUAACAAAGAUGAUGAUGAAGUAUCAGAAAGUGAUGAAACAAGUAGAAGAAAAAGAUGUGCUAAAAUGGGCAAUGCAGAAACAUAUACCAAUCCCAUAGACAGGACGGUGGCUCGUUUGCUCUUCCACAAGCCUUCGGAAAAGUCGGUGGCACCUGUAAAAGAAGAAUCACCGCUGUCACCUGCUUCAUUUGACCCUGAUUCAAAGGUGUCCUUGAACACUCACAGGAGCACGUCUGAGGAAAACCGACAAAACAUGGGAGAAAUGGAGAUGCAACCUUCAUCAUGAAGUAAGAUAGUGCGCCGAUCACGAAUCAGCAGGAAUCAGGAGACAUUGUGAGGAAGAAGCCUUGGACUAGUCCUGGACAACGUGCCCUCCCUUUAGGAUUUGAUGCGUAGAUCACCCUUAGUUAUCAAUAAUCAGUCUGAGUCUCAUGUAUAAUUAGGCCCUUGGGAUCUCUUGCAAAAUUACACCCAGUCAGACAAUAGACAAUUGUGAAGACAAUUGUGAACUGUUUUGCUAGCAGUGGAUCCCUCAUGGGCAAAACAAGAAUGUGACACUGCUCAUACCUCUUACAUUUACUAGAGGAUUCCUAUUUAGCUUUUUCUGCA